AUGACGUCAUGCGUGCCGGUUGGCUGCCGUAAAGCCUUGGCGGAAGACGUAAAAAACGGAAGUCCGGUCACGAGACAAAGGCGCGAAGGCGACGACGAAAAGGGCGACGGAGUUGCACUAAAACCUCGCAAAAUGUUGAAAUAUUUGGUCCAACAGCGACUAAUGGCGGCGGCCGACGACAUAUUCGCGCUCUUCGAAAGAACCGUGGCGUCGUACGAGGAGGAACUUUGUCGAACGCGGGAGGAGAAGGAGCGACAUCGACAACAACUGGAGGCUGUUUACCUGAGCAGGCUUCACGUCACAGAACUUGAAGGGCGUCCCUCCGAGUUGCAGGGGGGCCACUCCACUUUGCAGCAGGAGGAGGAUCCACAGCCCCCCCACAUCAAAGAGGAGGAGCAGGAACACUGUAUCAAUUUGGCAGGAGGGCGUCUUCUGGGGCCGGAGGAGGCCGAUCCGACUGUUGUGUCCGUGAAGGCCGAAAACGAGCCACAAGGCGACAACUUCCCAGUUUCACUCUCAGACAGCGAGGCUGAAGACGAGGACGGCACCCAAGAACCUUUGAGCAAGGACGCGGACGGCGAAGGGGAUGCAGGAACUCAAACCGGCGACAAGUGUUCGGAGCAGGAGACGGGAAAAGAGCGUUUUACCUGCCCAGUUUGUGCCAGAACCUACACUUUUAGGAGCGCUUUCACGCAACACAUGCGCACGCACACCGGCGAAAAGCCGUUUAUCUGUUCAGUCUGCGGCGACACGUUUGCUCAGAAGUGCAACUUGACGAGGCACGCGAGAACGCACACGGGGGAAAAACCCUUCAGCUGUUCAGUGUGCGGCAAGGAGUACGCGGACAGGCCGAUCUUGGCGUCGCACAUGAGAACGCACACCGGCGAGAAACCCUUUAUUUGCUCCGUCUGCGGCGACACGUUUGCCCAGAGGUGCAAUCUGACCCGGCACAUGAGGACGCACACCGGAGACAAGCCCUUCCGUUGUUCGCUUUGUGGCGCGACGUUCGCACAAAAGGUCUCUUUAAACGUCCACACGCUGACGCACACGGGGGAGAAAGACUUCGGCUGCUCCGUCUGCGGUAAAAGGUUCUCCCGCAAAGACUACGUGAUCCUGCACAUGAGAACGCACACAGGCGAGAAACCCUUCGGUUGCCCAAUGUGCGGGAAGAGGUUCUCCCGCAAGAUGUUCAUGGUGUCGCACAUGAAAACGCACACCGGGGAAAAACCCUUUAGUUGCUCGGUUUGCGACAAGAGGUUCGCUCGGAAGGUGUUCAUGGUGGAGCACAUGAAAACGCACACGGGGGAAAAACCUUUUAGUUGCCCAGUCUGCGGGAAAAGCUGUUCCCAAAAGGGUAACCUGGCCCGACACAUGAGGACACACACGGGAGAAAACUCCUAUAGUUGUUAAUUACCAACGCCACAAUUAAUGCGGGUAUUUAGUUUACCGUCGAUGAUUGCAAGACAAAAAAAAAAAAAAAAUCAUAAUUAGUGCUGAUGAAAAAGACUGAUUGAUGGCAGUAGCUGCAUGAUUCAGUUUAAUUUUGCAGUUGGUUAAGGUUCAUUUCGAUUCAUCACAUAUUUCAUUUUUCUUUACAAUGUGUCCAAAAAGGAGUCGGUAGAAGCAAAGCUUAUUUAUCCGUCUUCUUCCGCUUAUCCGAGGUCGGGUCGCGGGGGCAGCAGCCUAAGCAGAGAAGCCCAGACUUUCCUCUCCCCACCCACUCGGUCCAGCUCCUCCCGGGGGAUCCCGAGACGUUCCCAGACCAGCCGGGACACAUAGUCUUCCCAACGUGUCCUGGGUCUUCCCCGUGGCCUCAUACCGGUCGGACGUGCCGAGGGAGGCGUUCAGGUGGCAUCCUGACCAGAUGCCCGAACCACCUCAAAGCGGCUUUACUUUGAGUUCCUCCCGGAUGGCAGUGCUUCUCACCCUAUCUGUAAGGGAGAGACCCAAACUCAUUUGGGCCCCUUGUACCCGAGAUCUUGUCCUUUCGGUCAUGACCCAGAGCUCAUGACCAUAGGUGAGGAUGGGAACGUAGAUCGACCGGUAAAUUGAGAGCUUUGCCUUCCGGCUCAGUUCCUUCUUCAAUACAGCGUCCACAUUACUGAAGACGCCGACGACCUCACCAUCCACUCUUCCCUCACUCGUGAACAAGACUCCCAGGUACUUGAACUCCUCCACUUGGGGCAGGGUCUCCACCCUUUUCCGGGCAAGAACCACAGACUCGGACUCUGAGGUGCUGAUUUUCAUCCCAGUUGCUUCACACUCGGCUGCGAACCGAUCCAGUGAGAGCUAAAGAUCCUGCAAAAAGCAGAGACCUAAUCCUGCAGCCACCAAACCGGAACCCCUCAACGCCCUGACUGCACCUAGAACUUGUGUCCCUCAAAGUUCUGAACAGAAUGGCUGACAACGGACAGCCUGGAAACGUGUCCGACUUACUGCCGGCAAUGCUUAUCUAACCCUUCCCUUUUCCCGCUUCCAAGCAACUACUGACAUAUGUCCACUUCCUGUUCUCAACGUGUACAAAAUGCACAUCAAUUAGUUGUGAUUCUCAUAAUUAGAAGAAUAAUAUCGUAUUUGUUAUAAGUUCACAACUUUUAUCAUAAUUCGUCUUGUACUCGGUCAAAAUUACCGUAUUUCCCUGAAUUAAUUUAAAACCUCUUCUCACUCUGGCACUUACCAAAUGCAUGUGGUAAAAAUUUGAGUGUGAUGUAAGGAUGAAAAGCGCAUUUAAUAAAAAAAAAAACGUUAUGAUGGUCUUACGGGCUUCACGGUGGAAGAGGGGUUAGUGCGUCUGCCUCACAAUACGAAGGUCCUGCAGUCCUGGGUUCAAAUCCAGGCUCGGGAUCUUUCUGUGUGGAGUUUGCAUGUUCUCCCCGUGAAUGCGUGGGUUCCCUCCGGGUACUCCGGCUUCCUCCCACCUCCAAAGACAUGCACCUGGGGAUAGGCCCCUCCCACCUCCAAAGACAUGCACCUGGGGAUAGGUUGAUUGGCAACACUAAAUUGGCCCUAGUGUGUGAAUGUGAGUGUGAAUGUUGUCUGUCUAUCUGUGUUGGCCCUGCGAUGAGGUGGCGACUUGUCCAGGGUGUACCCCGCCUUCCGCCCGAUUGAAGCUGAGAUAGGCGCCAGCGGCCCCCGCGACCCCACAAGGGAAUAAGCGGUAGAAAAAAAAAAAAAAUGAUGGUCUUACCUUUACUUAUAAAUGAAGUCCAUGCCAGAUCCCUUCUGAUCAAAAGCAUCGAUAACUUGUUUAUAGAAGUCUUCCUUAUCUUUCCUCAGUUUUAAAAGUCUCUGUCUCGAUGGAGAUCUUCCUUUAUUACCUCCUGCUUCGAUUUAAAGUCCAGUUUAGAAAACUGCUAUCAGUUAGCUCGGCUCCUCAUGUGCGGGCGACGACAGAAUUAUCCUCGGACAACUCCCCCUCCCGUUCUGCUCCGUGGGUGGUCUCUUUAUUGUAUAAAUAAUACACUGGGUAUUUAGGACUGGAACAUGCUUUAUUUCAGCCCAGUUGUUUACAUAGCCAGCUUAAGAGUAGUCGUGCACCCCCUGCGUCAAAUCCGUUCCUAGCACAUAUCACGUCACUCAUCGUUACUUCUUCUGCAGCCGAGUAGUCGCAAGAAGGACCACUAGCGCCCUCUACCACCAGGAGGCGGGAGUCAUUUAAAGGCCUACUGAAAGCCACCACGCAGUCUGAUAGUUUAUAUAUCAAACAUGAAAUAUUAACAUCGCAACACAUGCCAAUACGGCCUUUUUAGUUUACUAAAUUGCAAUUUUAAAUUUCCCGGGCGUUUCGUCUUGAAAACGUCGUGUAAUGAUGACGUGUACGCAAGACGUCACGGGUUUUUAAGAAGUACGAGCUCUGCACACACACACACAGCUAAAAGUCGUCUGCUUUAACGGCAUCUGUGUUGCUGAAUCUUUUGCAAUUUGUUCAAUGAAUAUCGGAGAAGUCACAGUAAAGAUGGAGUUGGGAAGCUUUAGCCUUUAGCCACACAAACACACGGUUUAUUAGUUUAUUAAGGAUCCCCGUUAGUCUACACCGCAGUGGAGACUAUUCUUCCUGGGGUCCAGGCAAAAAAACAUCACACAACCACAGAACAAACGAUUCAAAUGCAGUACAGCAUGAUCCAAUAAUAAAUUGUCCUAAUACAAAAAUAGCAACAGCAAAGAACCAAAAAAUACUAAUAAAUGUUGUUACAUGAUAAUUUUCAUACCAAAGAUAAAAAUAACGAUAUAAAAAUAGAUAUACUGUUUACAUUUUUGCAAAAAUAAAACAAAGAACCAAUGGCCUAAAAUAUACACAUUAGUGUACCAAGGACAAACAAUAAGUGACGAAAAAGUAUCCAUCCAUCCAUCAUCUUCCGCUUAUCCGAGGUCGGGUCGCGGGGGCAACAGCCUAAGCAGGGAAACCCAGACUUCCCUCUCCCCAGCCACUUCGUCUAGCUCUUCCCGGGGGAUCCCGAGACGUUCCCAGGCCAGCCGGGAGACGUAGUCUUCCCAACGUGUCCUGGGUCUUCCCCGUGGCCUCCUACCGGUUGGACGUGCCCUAAACACCUCCCUAGGGAGGCGUUCGGGUGGCAUCCUGACCAGAUGCCCGAACCACCUCAUCUGGCUCCUCUCCAUGUGGAGGAGCAGCGGCUUUACUUUGAGUUCCUCCCGGAUGGCAGAGCUUCUCACCCUAUCUCUAAGGGAGAGACCCAAACUCAUUUGGGCCGCUUGUACCCGUGAUCUUAUCCUUUCGGUCAUGACCCAAAGCUCAUGACCAUAGGUGAGGAUGGGAACGUAGAUCGACCGGUAAAUUGAGAGCUUUGCCUUCCGGCUCAGCUCCUUCUUCACCACAACGGAUCGGUACAACGUCCGCAUUACUGAAGACGCCGCACCGCUGUUUAUCCCAUAAUCAAUAAAAUACUCAAUAGUCAAUAAAAACAGUCAUGACAUUAGGUACAAUCUAAAAUAAUCUCUUCACGCAAUACUUCUCCUUUUAGUUUAUUCUUAAAGCCCACUAUGCUGGUGAUUGAUAGCAGAUAUUGUGGAAGUCUGUUCCAGUAAGUGAUUGCCCGAUACAUUACAGACUUUUGACAAGAACAAGAAAGUUUGAU